GUGACACCCCUGCUGGCCCUGCUGCACUUUGCCUGCCUUUUGUGACGUCGGUGUAUUUUUUUUACGAAAAUGUCAAAUUUACAUCCCGAAUCAUGAGCUAAUUAACCUGGAAGCCCUGAAAAGAGUCGGACGCAUCGGGAAAAAUGGCAACUCGAAGUCUUACGGACGUGUUCGUCCUGAUGAGGAACAACUCCACCCAGAGCAGGCACAUUUACUCGGAACAGAGAUUUUCUGAGCGAGUGUCCCUGAUGAAUCCUGACCUUGAGGCUGGGGUGCACCUCUUGCGAGCUGGAGGCUCUGGUGAUGAAGACGCAAACGAGCCACCGUCCUGGGUUGACAGUCUGGAGGAGGCGCAGUUUGCCCUGAGCAAAAUCCAGGGCAAACUCAGGGAACUGGAUGCUCUACACACAAGACACCUUCACCGUCCCACGAUGGAUGACUCGUCUGAAGAGGAACACCAAAUUGACGCCCUCAACAAAGAAAUUGCUAGGAUGUUUGGAAAUUCGCACAAAAUCAUCCAACAAAUCAGACGAAACAGUGUGUCCGAGUCACGCCACAACAAAGAAAAGAGACUUUCCUACAACGUCGUCUCAUCUCUAGUCACUUCCAUGCAAGAGCUGUCCAACAAAUUCCGAGAGAGUCAAGGCAAUUACUUGCGAAAAUUAAAUUCGAGAGAGGAGCGGUCGAAGCAGUACUUGAUGCUGCCCGAGGACAUGGAUGCGCACGAGCAGCCUAGUGCCGAGGACGUCCUCUUCGGGCUGCCGCCUGGCACCAACGCCGUAACCAGUCAGCAGCUUCUGGUGCUGGCGGACAACACGGCUCUGGCGGAGCAGCGGGAAGAGGAAGUCCGGAAAAUUGUGUCCAGCAUCAUAGAUCUUAACUCCAUUUUCAAGGACCUGGCACACAUGGUUGUCGACCAGGGCACCGUGCUUGAUCGGAUUGAUUAUAAUGUGGAGAGGACACAGGAACAAGUGACGCAAGGCUUUAAGCAGUUGCAAAAGGCGGAGCGAUACCAACGAAGCAACCGCAAGAUGAAAUGCAUUUUGAUUAUGGCCAUCACUGUCAUCGUGCUCUUAUUCCUAUUGAUAAUUGUAAAAACUUAAAACUAUUUAAAUUAUUUCUCAUAUAUACUAUACACAGCUAAAAUACACUGACUGAAACAAAUCAAACGCAGCAUUUCUU